GCUUCUGACGUAACUACCACCAACUUGUCACCAAAGAUGGCGAUUUGCUGAGUGCUCAUGGAUAUCCACAUUUUACGGCUAGCUGUUAUCCUACCAAAAACGUCAAGUGUAAAAACAAAUUAACCGCACAUCGAGCCGAUACUUAAUCGUUGGAAGAACACCGGCGACAACGUUGGCCACCGCCACCAUGCAAAUCACACUAAAAACACUGCAACAGCAGACUAUUCAAAUUGAGAUAGAUCCCGAACAAACGGUGAAGGCCUUAAAAGAAAAGAUAGAAGCAGAGAGAGGAAAAGACAAUUUUCCCGUGUCCGGACAGAAGCUGAUAUAUGCUGGAAAAAUUCUUCAAGAUGACACACAAAUUAAGGAGUAUAAAAUUGAUGAGAAAAAUUUUGUCGUAGUCAUGGUGUCCAAGGCGAAGACUGCAGCUGCUGCUGCGGCACCUCCUGCUUCGGAAGCACCCAAACCCCCUGCCCAGGAUUCUGGUUCCACGUCAGUUCCCACUUCUACUUCAAGCUCAACCCCAGUCCCAACCUCCACCCCUGCAGCUGUUCUCACACCCCCUGAGGAGGUCAAGGAGGAGCCAAGUGAUACAGCAACAGAACCCCCGCAACCAGCCAGUUCCAGUGGAGGGAGCCUGGGUUUGGAUGCCUCAUCUGCACUGGUGACCGGAGCAGAGUAUGAAGCAAUGCUUAAAGAGAUCAUGUCGAUGGGUUAUGAGAGGGAGCGAGUGGUGGCAGCACUUCGGGCCAGCUUCAACAACCCUCACAGAGCUGUCGAGUACCUUCUCACUGGUCUCCCGAGCAGUCCAAUCCAAGACACGAAUCCCCCGGCACCUACGCCAGCAUCUGGACCCACAGAAGCGCCGUCUCUCGCAGAAGGAGAGAACCCUCUUGCAUUCCUGCGGACUCAGCCCCAAUUUCUUCACAUGAGGCAGGCUAUCCAGCAGAACCCAGCUAUGCUUCCAGCUCUCCUGCAACAGCUUGGCAGGGAGAACCCUCAACUCUUGCAGCAAAUUAGUCAGCACCAGGAGCUGUUCAUUCAAAUGUUGAACGAGCCGGUGGGUGAGGGCGGGGAGGCGCCUGAGGUCGGCGAGAUAGGUGCGGCGGGCGAGGAGGGUGCGCCCGUCAACUAUAUCCAAGUCACACCUCAGGAGAAGGAGGCCAUUGAAAGGCUAAAAGCACUCGGCUUUCCCGAGGCGCUCGUCAUCCAGGCCUACUUUGCCUGCGAAAAGAACGAGAACCUGGCCGCCAACUUCCUCCUCAACCAGGGCCUGGAAGACGACUGAAGAGCCGAGACGGGCCGGCCACCUUCCCGCUCCUCCCCUCCCACCCCUCCCCUCUUCAAAGACUGCACGCCCAAUUUACUUGUACAGCCACCAACCUCAGCUCCACUCGACAGGAGAGAGGGAGGGGAGAGCCAGAAGGGAGCGGGGUGGGACGGGACGGACGGGGUCAGGUUGUGACCAAUCCAAAUGGAAGUUUUGUGCAGGAAGGUCAGACUUAAAUGUUACGUUAGCUCGUGUGAAAGAGGGUGGGCAAAUCCACGUGAAUUCCAAUGGAAUGUGUGGACUUUGUUUAGGGGGACAUCCACAAUUUGAUUUUAGAUGCGCUUUGUGAACACUUAAAGGGAGGGGGGGCUGAAGUUGCUGCGCUAAGUGUGCGCGUGUGUGUGUGCGUGCGUGUGUGAGUGUACACGUCUGCGUGCCUGUGCAGAUAUGAUACACGUACGCCUGACGGAAUCAGUUUGCAUUGCCUAAGUUUGUUCAUGCUGUAGCUGAGCACAUUCGUCCCUUCUACAACAUGAUGAGCAUAUUUUUAGCGCCCACAAACUGGUCUCGCUGUGGGUUAUUUGGGGGGGGCUGUCACAGAAUCAACUGACAAUAUUUGGUCUUGCCUCGCGUCACGUUAAAGACAGCAGCCAAUCAGAAUCCUUGCACAUUCUUCUGUAUGUUAAGUAACUCAAUGUAACUUGCGCGAGCUUCGCUGGUCGCUUCUGGUGCAUACCGUAUUCUGCAAUUUACAAAACGAAGUUAAAAAAAAAAAGAUUCCGCAAUGAUUGUUCCCAACAACUAAAAAAAGAAAAAAAAAACAGGCUGCUGUUUUCAUGCAAAUCACAAUUUUAAAUCACUCAUAGCUGCUUAGAUACAUGCUUUUGUUUGGUUGACCAUUUAGUUAACUGCUCCCUUUCCGUUAGUUUGCGAGGAAAAAAAAAAGUUGUAGUAAUUGUAUGACACUUCAUAUGGAAUUAUUCCACAUCUCACUAAACCGCUAAGUUCUUUGACAUGCAACAGUAAAGGAGUCGAUGCAACCCCCCAUGUGACUCACGAAUUGUAAUAGCUUUAACUUAGGUGAACAUUUAUUUGCUUUCAAAUAUGCUUUACUAAUAAUGAACUUUUAUCUUCAAUUUCCAUAUUUGUUAAGUCCCCCAAAACAAUACGUAGUGAACAUACCGAACUAGGAUUGAAUCAAAUUCAAGUUGGUACACUUUGAAAUGAAGUACAUUUCAAUUCUGUUAUAUAAAUUUGAUCUCGGAAGUUCAUUUUGAGGAGAGAACGGUCAUCAUAUUGUACCGUUCACCUGGGAUUACUGUAAAAUGUUGCGCCAGAAUGAGCAUGUAUGGCACCUUCAUUUGUUUCUUAAUGUUAAACAAAUUGUAUCGGAUAAGAAGAGCAAAUGUUCACAGUGUGAUUCUGUACGUGUGAGGGCAGUUUGUGCUUGACUGUCUUUGCAGCAUCAACAUUAUCUUGGACUAUGCUGUGCUACAUUAAAUAUCAGCGGUCUUUCAGGCAA